UUUUUAAUUGAAUUACAGGUGGACCAUGCUGCUCCAAAUGACGAGGUGCGUCACGUUGGUGAUUUGGGCAAUAUUGAAGCUAAUGAAUACGGCGUUGUUGAUACAAUGUUGACUGAUCAUGUUAUAAGCUUAUCCGGUAAACGUGCCGUUAUUGGACGUGGUAUCGUCAUACAUUCUGAUGCCGACGAUUUGGGUAAAACAAAUCAUCCCGAUUCAAAGAAGACUGGCAAUGCUGGCUCCCGUGUUGCUUGUGGCAUCAUUGGUAUUAAUUCAGAUAUGGAUGAAUGGCCAUGUCGAGAUGGAGGAGCCAAUGCCAUUGGACUAUCAGUAUCAUUACUUUCAAUAAUAGUUGCAACCAUGCUUUCUCGUUUAAUUUAGUCAAUAUUUAUUAAAAUUGUUAUUGGAAUAAAUUAAAUAAAUAAAAGUUAUUACAA